CACCCCCCCCCCCAGACACACUGCCUCACACACACAGCCACUCUCUCUCUCUCUCUCUCUCUGCUUUUCACUGCUUUCUCUCCCCGCUCAUAAGCUCUGAACAAAGAUAAUCCAGCCGGCGCUGAACACUGGAUAGCGCACAGCGCAUGGUGAGCAUCGCCACUCUCCUUGUUUCGGGAGGCAUCCGUGGACCCUCAAAAUAAGGGCACCCCCAGGACAAAGAGCAUGAGGUGUUUGUUGAUUUGGGGUCUUUGUGCGGUCUGGCUGUUCGGAGCAGAGGCUGUUGAAUUGAAUGACAUGUUUGGACAAAUCACCUCUCCCGGUUAUCCGGACUCUUAUCCCAGCGAUUCAGAAGUGACCUGGAAUAUCUCCGUGACGGAGGGGUUUCGCGUGAGGCUCUACUUCAUGCAUUUCGACCUGGAAGCCUCCUACCUUUGCGAAUACGACUACCUGAAGGUCGAGACUGAGGACCAGGUCUUGGCGACUUUCUGCGGAAAAGAGGACCGAGAUCCAGAACAGACCCCCGAACGAGAGCCCAUCACCUCUCCGGGGUCACAUCUGAGCCUCACUUUCCGAUCGGACUUCUCCAACGAGGAACACUUCACGGGCUUUGAUGCCCAUUACGCUGCCGUGGAUAUCGAUGAAUGCUUGGAGAGCAGUGACGAAGAACUGGCUUGUGAUCAUCACUGCCACAACUACAUCGGGGGCUAUUACUGUUCGUGCCGUUUUGGGUACAUUCUCCAUUCGGACAAUCGGACCUGCAAAGUGGAGUGCAGCAACAAUCUUUUCACCCAGAGGAGUGGGGUGAUCCACAGCCCCGAUUUCCCCAACUCCUAUCCUAAAAGCUCCGACUGCGUGUACCGCAUCGAGCUGGAGGAAGGAUUUUUCAUUGCACUCCAGUUUGAUGAGAGUUUUGACAUCGAAGAUCACCCGGAGGUCACCUGCCCCUAUGAUUACAUCAAGAUCAAAGCUGGAUCAAAAGAACUUGGGCCCUUUUGCGGAGAAAAGUCUCCAGGACGGAUUGAAACUCGGAGCCACCAAGUUCAAAUCCUGUUCCACAGCGAUAAUUCCGGAGAGAACGGAGGGUGGAAAUUAACCUACACGACGACAGGGGAUCCGUGUCCACUUCUGGAUCCUCCCAUCCAUGGGAAACUGGAACCGUCGCAAGCCACCUACACGUUCAAGGACCAAGUCGUGAUCAGUUGCAAUCCAGGAUACAACAUCGUGAAGGACGAGGUGGAGAGCGAGACAUUCCAGAUGGAGUGCAUGAAGGACGGUGUGUGGAGCAGCCGGGUGCCGCUUUGCAAAAUUGCAGACUGCAAAGUCCCCCGGGAAAUCUCGCACGGCUUCGUCGCCUUCUCCACCCCACAGAACCUGACCACGUACCAGUCGGAGAUCCGGUAUUUCUGCCAAGAGCCAUUCUACCAAAUGGUGCCCAAUGUCACAGGGAUCUUCACCUGCGACGCGAAAGGCGUUUGGAGAAGCAGUGAGCUGGGGAGCCGUUUGCCUUCCUGCCAGCCAGUGUGUGGACAGCCCAGCCGCCCUCUGCCUAGCCUGGUCAAGCGGAUAAUCGGCGGGAGAAACGCAGAACCUGGAUUUUUUCCCUGGCAAGCCCUGAUCGUGGUGGAGGACACCUCCCGGAUACCCAACAACCGGUGGUUCGGCAGCGGAGCCCUCCUCUCCGAAUCCUGGGUCUUGACCGCUGCCCACGUCCUCUGCUCCCAGCGACGGGACAACACCGUGACAGCGGUCUCCAAAGAACACGUCAAUGUCUACCUGGGCCUUCACGACGUCCGGAAUAAAAUUGACGCGGUCAACCGGACGGUGGAGGAGAUCAUCGUCCACGAGUCUUUCAACAUCCAGAAUUACAACCACGACAUCGCUUUGGUCAAGCUGAAGGAGAAGGUGACCAUGGGACCUUACAUUAUGCCGGUGUGUCUACCCCAGGAGCAACAUGAAUUGGGAGGACCGCAACCCAACACGUUGGGCUUGGUGGCCGGUUGGGGUAUCUCCAAUCCGAACAUCACCGUGGAUGAAGUGAUCAGUUCCGAGAUGCAGACCUUGUCCGAUAUUCUUCAGUACGUGAAACUUCCUGUGGUCCUUCACGCCGAAUGCAAGACAAGUUAUGAGUCCAGAUCUGGCAACUACAGCGUGACGGAGAAUAUGUUCUGCGCCGGUUAUUACGAAGGAGGGAAGGACACCUGCUUAGGAGACAGCGGUGCUGCGUUUGUCAUCCGAGACUUGGACAACCGGAGGUGGGUGGCCCAAGGUUUGGUCUCCUGGGGUGGACCAGAAGAAUGUGGCAGUGAGCAAGUCUACGGGGUUUACACCAAGGUGUCCAAUUAUGUGGACUGGCUGCAGGAGAAAACAGGGUGGACAUUCCUGGAUUCCAGUCUGGAGAAGAGAUGAACUAGAAGACGAAGCUGAGAUCCAAUCCCAAGGACUGAAUUUGUGUUUGAAGAACGUCAACCAAGCUCAGCCACGUUCCGAGUUCUUUGAGGGCAUUAUGGAUGGGGGAAAGAAAGAUCUGGAGAUGUUUUCUCCUCCUGCUACUUUGGUUGAAGGAGCUUUGCGUCGAAUUCCAGACACUCCACCUGCGACAUUGCGUUCCUGAGAAGAAGCAACGUUCCCACUUUACUACCAGGCAAACUCCAGAACGUAUAGUUGGCACUGAUUGAAUGAAAUCCACGGAAUCGUUUACCAUUUUCUUCCCAGCUUUUUGGGGUGGGCAGCGGGGCAGUUUAAGGUUGCGCUGAAUGUUGUCAUUUUUGUAAAAAGAAGGACGAUUUAAGAUUGUGUUGGGCUCACUAAGACAACGUUUUUCGAUUUUGAAGAUGCGUGGACUUCAAUUCCCAGAAUUCUCCACGCUGGCUGGACAAUUCAGAGAGUUGGUCCAAUUUCAAAAUUCGGGAGGCUGAGAAAGACUUUUGGUGGGACGUUUGCUCUCUCUAGUGGCCAUUUCUGGAAUAGGAAUCUGGUCCUUUGAAAGUUGAAAGACAUUUGAGCCUCUGUCAAUCAUUUGUACCCCCAAAUCUAAAUUUUUCCAGGUGAAGGAGAGCCUCCCUGGAGAAAUGCAGGAAUCCCAAAUUCAGCGAGACACUCCAAACAUUUGAGUGCUUUUAUCAUUGUUGUUGCGUUCAGCCUCUUGCUUAUCCAAAUCAGUCUUUUGAGUCCAAAUUAUUAUUUUUUCUUUAGCUAAGCAUCAUUUCUCAUUCUUCCCUACCGCAUCCCCCCCCCAAAAAGAAAGAAUUGUAGAAAAUAUUGGGGCAGACAGAAAUAUUUCUUCCAAUGGAGAAAUUCUAUUUCUCUUUUCUUCCAAAGAGCGAUAACUUUGCUCAGCCAUUUAAAGAAGAUUCCGUUGCCGUACAAGAAAGAGAGAGCAAUAUGCAAGUAAUCCUCAACUUAUGGAAAUUCGUUUAGCGACCAUUCAGAGUUACGACAGCACUGGGGAAAAAAGUGACUUAGGACUGUUUUUUCACACUUACGACCGUUGUGGCAUCCUCCCAGGGUCCCGUGAUCAAAAUUCGGAUGCUUGGCAACUGACUGCUAUUUAUGACGGUUGCAGCAUUCCCAGGUCACGGGAUCCCAUUUGGCGACUUGCUGAUAAGCAAACUCAAUGAGGGAAGAGCCAAAUUCACUUAACAACCGUGUUAUUCACUUAACAACUGCUGUGAUCCACUUAACAGCUGUGGCAAGAAAGAUUAUAAACGGGGAAACAAUUCACUUCAUAACUAAUAAUGACAAUAAUAAAGUUGGAAGGGACCUUGGAGGUCAUCUAGUCCAACGCCCUGCUCAGGCAGGAAACCCUAUACCAUUUCAGACAAAUGGCUGUCCAGUCUCUUCUUAGAAACUUCCAGU